UCUCUCUUUUUUCUUUCCUUUUAUGCUUGUAUUUUUCUUGCUUCUAUACAUAUUUAUGGACGUCUUUAUACAUGAUGUCUUAGUUGUACCAUGUCCCCCCAUGACAUCAGCAGCAUUGAAAUUAAACAUCAGUUCAUAUUGUAAGAUACACAAAAGUAUGUGUUACACAACAAGGCGAAAGAUGAAGACAAGUACACAGUCUAGAAUCUCUUUCUUUCUAAACUAUAGGGUGUAUACUCUAACAUUUAAGUAUUUUUCUGUAUUGCAUAAAUUUAAUGUCCUGUCUGUGUACAUUGCCGUGACUGAAAUUUAAUUCUUAAUAUUUUUUUUUUGUGCUUUGUCUUAGCCUUUUCUUCCUUUAAAGUAUGAAUCGUUCUAAAGAAGAUCUUACCAAGUUGGACAUACGGCAGCGUACAAGCUCAAACAACUCACCAAGUAGCUUACAAGAAGUGGCUAUUGAACAAGAUCAACAAGAUCUCUAUAAAGAGAAAAAAUUAUUAAAAAAAUUAGACUGGCGUAUUGUGCCCUGGAUAUUUUGUCUCUAUUUUCUAUCUGUAGAAGACAGAUCCAAUGUUGGUUUUGCUAUGACAAUGAAUAAAGCAGAAAACCAUACAUUAAUGGAUACAUCUGGAUUGACACCUCAACAAAACAAUAUUGGCCUUGGGCUAUUUUAUGUUGCUUAUAUUUUGUUUGAAGUGCCAUCCAACUUAUUGAUGGCCCACGUCAAUCCUGCUCAUUGGAUAGCACGUAUUAUGAUUACAUGGAGUAUAGUCACAGGCUGUAUGGCAGCCAUUUCAAAGCCAUGGCAUUUCUAUCUAUUACGUUUCUUGUUAGGUGCUUUUGAAGCUGGAUUCUGGCCUGGCAUUACUUACUACAACACAUUAUGGUAUCGCCCUGAAGAAAUAUCUACUCGCAUUGGUGUCACUUAUUUAGCUGGUCCUGCGUCAGGUGCAUUUGGUGGUCUUAUUUCUGCCGGUGUUCAAUUGAUUGACACAAGAGCUAAUUUAUACGGCUGGCAAUGGCUCUUUAUUAUUUCUGCUCUUAUUUCUAUCCUGUUUGGUAUUGCUACCAUCUUUUAUUUACCCUCAACACCCGAAAAAUCAACUCGGUUUUUGAAUGAAGAUGAACGGACUCAAAUCAAAAGACGUUUAGAGAACAACAAUAUACCCAAGACAGCUGAAUCAGUGCAAGAACGUAACCUCAAGCGUAAUUUCACACAUGUCUUGAGUGAACUAAAGGACUUUAAGGUAUGGUUAUUCUGUGUGCUCUAUUUUACGCCUGUUAUGGCAGCAACUUCAUUGGGUUAUUUUCUACCCAAGAUUGUACAACAAAUGGGUACUUAUACAUCUAUUCAAGUCAGUUUACUCUGUAUUCCUCCCUAUGCAUUUGGGGGUUUCAUGGUCUAUGUGGUAACUCGUCUCAGUGAUCAUUUUAGAAACAGAGGAUGGUUUAUUAUUGGUGCUUCAUGUACUGCUUUUAUUGGGUUCUGUGUCUUGACAUUCGCAGAGCCUAUUGGUGCUCGUUAUUUUGGCCUUAUGAUUCUUGCUGCAGGUACAUACCCUACUGUGCCAUUGAGUAUGGCAUGGACGGCCAAUUCAAAAGAUGACCCUGUCUCUGUAGCAUCAGCCACAGGCAUUGUGUCUUCUGUAGCUAAUUUUGGUGCUCUUAUCUGUACAUUUGCACUCUAUUCAGGAUGGCCUUCUGAUGCACCAAGAUAUAUGGGAUCAAACAUGAUUAAUGGAGGUGCUAUGCUAUUGGCUGCCAUCAGUGCAUUUGUGCUUCGAACACACUUGUCAAAACUAAACAAACAGAUUGAAAGCCAAGGUAUCGCAGGCGAUCGUACAUUUCCUUAUAUUCUAUAGAAUUUUUUAUUUUUAUUU